AUGGUCUUCAGUUUCGGCUACGGCUGCUGGCUUCUGGCAAAGUCGAAAAACAAAUAUAAGCACGUCUAUCCAUACGAUGAAACACGUGUAAAGCUAAACAUAGAAAAUGAUCCUGGAAAAUCAGAUUUCAUCAAUGCAUCCUUUAUACACAUAAAAUGCAUCCAAUACUGGCCUGAGAAAGGCCUUAUGAAGAAAGGAGAAUUAAUCAUAGAAGUUGUAGAUACUGAAGAGUUUGCAGACUUCAUAAUUCGAACAUUUUGCAUUAAAAAGGAAAGUGGACAGAGAAUCAUCCGACAUUUCCACUUUACGGCAUGGCCAGAUAAAGGAGUUCCUCUCUACGCCUCAUCUCUAGUUCAUUUUCACUCAAAAGUGAAAAGUACUAUCGCUCAGGGCAAAGGGCCUAUGGUUGUGCAUUGCAGUGCUGGCAUUGGGAGAACGGGUACCUUUAUUGCGUUAGAUGUCCUGAUUCAGCAGGCCAAGGAAUCGGGCUUUAUAGACGUGUUUAGAUGUGUGGAAACAUUGAGACGACAACGCGUCAAUAUGGUGCAAACUCUGGAGCAGUAUAUAUUUCUUCACGAUGCCCUUGUUGAAGCAUUAAUGUGUACAUCAACUGUUCCUUCAACGUCCGAAUUUUCUCAGAUUUAUCAAAAUCUGAUGAAAGUAGACCCAAAAAGUGGCAAAAGACAUAUUGACCAAUAUUAUGAGAACCUGUGUACUGGUUGUGCUGAAAUCCCUCAAGCUGCCUACGACUUUGCUAAGAAACAAGAAAACAGAAGAAAGAACAGAUACAGCAAUAUUUUACCAAUAGAUUCAUCAAUGCCACAGAUUUGGGAUGAAAGAUACAAGCCCAUCUAUAUCAACGCCGUUUUCCUGCCAGCCUACAAAAACAGGCACUCGUUCAUAGUGACACAGAUACCUCUCAAAGAGACCGUUGUUGACUUUUGGAGGCUAGUUUACCAGCAACGUGUUUCUACAAUCGUUCUCCUCGGUGAAGUAGGAGAAAAUGUGUCAAAUUUGGAACAGGUUUUCAAUUUUGUAUUUUAUAU